CACAAUGGGAGUGAUACGGAAGCAUAGGUAGGGCUACAGUGGCAGACAGACAGAUGUGUGAUGCUCUGAACCGUGGGGCCAUUUCCACUCGCCUGACUGAAGGUAAACUUUUAUCCACCCUCGCACCUUCUCGCCUUUUCGGACGCUGCUUGCACACCUGCUUCUUCUUCUCCCUCUUUUUUUUUUUAAAUGAUCGCCGUUGCCAUCGCACAGGAGGAGCGAUGCAGCACAACGGGGGCUGAAGUGGCGAUAGAUCCUGUUGAAUAGAGACAAGACGUCGAGACGCAGCCCAAAAAAGUGUCCUCCUCACAGUGCGUCAGACCACGGAUAUACAGUGUUGUGGAUGUUAUAGUCGCUACGUGGACACGACGAGGGAUUUGUGAUAUUACCACCCUCCCAAAAUGAAGAGGGGAAUUUGGGCAAAAGGGAAGAACUGCAUCCUCACCUAGCCUUCCUCCUCCUCCUCCUCCACCUCCAGCAGAUGUGUUUGGAGGGGGACUGAGGCGAUUUCGUUUGGCCCCCUUUCACAUCUCCAGCAAGCGUCAGAGGGAUAAAGUCAUUCAGAUUCAUCGGAGCUGCAGAAAACUGUUUCUAUUGUUUUUUUUAAACCUCAACACAUAAAAUGGCAACCAUGAGUGACCACUGUAUAUCAAAGGACGCAUAGGGCGCGAGCCCCGGUCAUGGAGGAUUUAACCACCUGAUGGGCACCGGAGGAGAAAACGAGGGGAGAGGAGACUGUUUUGGCCUCGCUUGUUGACUUGGUGAUUUAUAAUGCUGAACAAAAUAAAGGGCGCUGCAAGUUUUGACUCUGCGUAACGGGCUGUGUGUGCGCGCGCGCCACUGGCCAUCAUUCACAUACUCUUAUUGUAUGAUGUCAUAAACAGUGAAGGCCUAAACAGGCUGAUUAACAUCUCCUGUCAUGUAAGUAGCCACAUGGACUGCACGCAGCAUGAACCCAACUGGGGUGCGUGUUUCACUGUGACAUUCUCUUGAAUCACAGCUCAUCUAUCAAAAGCGUUGAUGUCUCAUUUCGUCUGCGCGCGCGCUUGGAGCAUCAACUUUUAUCAUCUGGCCUGCUGCAUCCACGUCGCGCUGAGGCGGUCACUGUAGAACCGCUCACUGACUGAAGAUGGAGUUUGCCAUGGUGGGUGCGGACGGUGGGUGCAACAGUCACCUGCCUUAUGGAUAUGCCCAAGCUCGCGCACGGGAGAGGGAGCGCGAGAGGGAGCGGCACGCGGCACAGUCCAGAGCGGCGGCAGCGGCGGCGGCUGCUGAAGGUGGAUCCGGUGCGGAGGGAGGAGGAGGAGGAGGAGGAGGCGGCGGCGGCAGUGGCGGCGGCGGCGGCGUUGGCGGGGGGUCUACCACCUCCUCAUGUGCUCAUCUCCUUAACAACCGCCAGCAUCAGUCUCGCGCCGCCUCCUCCACGAGCGCCAACAUCAACAGCGGCGGUACCGCCUCGCGCCCCUCCUCCUCCUCCUCCACCUCCUCCACGCAGCCGCCACAACACCAGCAGGAGCCCGAGCAGCAGCAGCAGCAGCAGCAGCAGCAGCACCACCACCACCACAGAGUUGUCAGAGAGCGCAAAAAGCAGCGCGGCGUCGGACGCUGGAGACGCAGCCGCACGACUUUCGGCGGAGAUCUGCGCCACUCGGAGCUGGCGCUGCUCGGAUCUGAGGAGGACAUCAUGAUAGAGGAGGAAGAGGCCGAGGGAGCGGAGGAAGAGGAGGAGGAGGAUGAGGAGGAGGCGGAUGAAGAGGGCGGCCGGGGAAGCAAGAGGUCAAGCUUUCUGUGUAACAUGGGUGAUGAGGAGGAGACAGUGUCCAUCACUGACCGGAGACCUCAGUCCGGGUAUGAAAACGCUUACAGUGAGUGCGGCUGCUGUGAGAGAGUUGUCAUCAACGUGUCGGGUCUGAAGUUUGAGACGCAGCUCAAGACUCUCACUCAGUUCCCGGACACUCUCCUGGGAGACCCCGACAAGAGAAUCCGGUACUUUGACCCGCUGAGGAACGAGUACUUCUUCGACCGGAACCGACCGAGUUUUGACGCUAUUCUAUACUAUUACCAGUCAGGCGGGCGGUUGAAAAGACCCGCCAAUGUGCCGUUUGACAUCUUCUCGGAGGAGGUGAAGUUUUAUGAACUCGGGGAGGAGGCAAUCCUGAAGUUCAGGGAGGAUGAGGGUUUUGUUAAGGAGGAGGAGAAACCUCUGCCCGAGGACGAGUUUAAGCGCCAGAUCUGGCUGCUCUUUGAGUAUCCGGAGAGCUCGAGUCCAGCCAGAGGGAUAGCAGUGGUGUCCGUCCUCGUCAUUGUCAUUUCUAUCGUCAUAUUCUGCCUGGAGACGCUGCCGGAGUUCAGGGAUGAAAAGGAGUAUCUGCAGCCACGACACAACUCCACACAGCAGCAGGACCACGGGUUCACUCCUUUCAACGACCCCUUUUUCAUCGUGGAGACGGUUUGCAUCAUCUGGUUCUCUUUUGAGAUUAUAGUCCGCUUCUUUGCGAGUCCCAGCAAAACCCAAUUCUUUAAAAACAUUAUGAAUUCUAUAGACAUUGUUUCCAUUUUGCCUUAUUUCAUAACUCUCGGCACGGACCUGGCGCAGCACCAAGGCAACGGGCAACAGGCGAUGAGCUUCGCCAUCCUGAGAAUAAUCCGCUUGGUCAGGGUGUUCCGAAUCUUCAAACUGUCCAGACACUCCAAGGGUCUGCAGAUCCUGGGUCACACUCUGCGCGCCAGCAUGAGGGAGCUGGCCCUCCUCAUCUUCUUCCUGGUCAUUGGUGUCAUCCUCUUCUCCAGUGCGGUGUACUUCGCAGAGGCGGACGAGCCGUCGUCUCAGUUCACGAGCAUCCCGGACGCUUUCUGGUGGGCUGUAGUGACCAUGACCACAGUGGGCUACGGGGACAUGAAGCCCAUCACUGUCGGUGGCAAGAUAGUGGGCUCCCUCUGCGCCAUCGCUGGUGUGCUAACCAUUGCGCUCCCGGUGCCAGUGAUAGUGUCCAACUUCAACUAUUUUUACCACAGGGAGACCGACAAUGAAGACCAGCCGCCGGUGGUGGAGAGCAUGCCACCGGGGUGUCCUUACUUCCCGGACUUUCUACGGAAAUUUAAAGGUUCGCCGUCAGGAUCCUCACUGGGCGACAAAGCGGAGUAUAUGGAGAUGGAGGAGGGGGUCACUGAGUCUCUAUGUGGUUUGGACAAGAGCCCGAGUAAAGGAAACGGCACAGAUAUAAGCAGAAAAAACAGUACUAACUCUAAAUCCAUUCAGACUGAUGUGUGAUUACAGGUAGAGUUUUUUGUUUUUUUUUAUUCUUUUCUUUUUCUAAAGAAGAAUACUCCCUAUUAUGCCUAUAGCAGCAGGUGGUCCCCUCUAACUCAAGUCUCUCUCUCUCUCUCUGUCUGUCUGUCUGUCUCUCUCUGUCUCUCUCUCACAAAAACAUACACACACGAGCAAUUGGCAAUUUUCAUUCUUAGAACAAAAGUUUCUUUCAGUUUUUCAAAUCAACCAUUAGUGGGAAAUUAUGACCAAUAUUUGCCAAAUGGAUAAUUCAUCCAACCUGAAUGGGCUUCCAAAUCUGACAUGAAAUUUCAAAUUCUAGAGAAGACAACCUAUGCAUUCGCACUUUAUGGGUUUCAUCUGUCAAUAAGAAAAUGGAUAGGGAUGGUCGUUUUGCAGUUAUGCAAUAAAAGUAAAAAAAAAUAAUAAUAAUGUGUUUGCACUAAUGUAGAAAUUACGCUGGGUUUGGCAUAUUUUUAUUGUAGAGACAAAACUGUAGGCCAUGCAGAUGGCAAUACAUGUGUCAUCCUCCAACCACUAAGCAGAAGAAUGUUUGAGCAACUUCCUCAAUAAGAGCAAACUUUAAACAACCCCCUCAUAUGCUGCUACUUAAAAAUUGGACUCAAAUAAAGGAAAAUUCUAAAAUAGAUAAAAAAGGACUUUGGUCCCUGGUCCAACACAUAAUAUCAACGGCUGCUCAAUGAUAAGACUUAGUAUUUAGCAGUACAUCAAAUAAACCAGGGCUAGAAUUAUUUUUAUAACAUCUUCACAAAUAUUCUUUUCCACAAGAGGCCUGAAAAGCCUUGUAUUGUUGACCCACCAUGAAAGUUAAGCACAUGAAUCAUCAGAGUCAAAAAUGGCUGGAGAAAAGACUUGCCCUGCCAGCUUUUGUUUGGACAGGCUCGGAGCCUUGGCAUAUCAACCACCUCAAAAUGACAAUAUCCCUUUACAUGGACACAGAUGGAAAGCUAUAGCAAAAAUUACUUUUCUUGUGGAAACUCCUUGGAGAGGCGAUUAUGAGGACCUUCCUCUCCUGUCCACUGGACUUGUGCACAAAUCUUUUUUCUUUUUUUUUCCCCCUCAAGAGGACUAUGAUUACCUCCUGAGCUCAGAGGAUCUUCAGGAUGUGGAUGUCUUCCAAGCGCUGCCAGUUACAGGGACAGGGAGUAUCCCCCACAUCUGUGGAAACCCCAGAGAACAAGCAAAACAUUGUGGCCGGUCGUCAUGAGCACGGGGCGGACACUCACAACAACAACAACAACAACAACAACAACAACAACUGGAAGAGACUCGACAUUGGGACGAGUGGAGAUGAGAGUUACUGUGUGACAUCAGUAAACACACCCAGGAGGGUUGGGACUGGAGAUUGCAAAUGAGUGAGUCAUGGCCCAACAUGAUUGCCUUAAUUACUACACAUACACAGACGUAUGGAGCGAUGAAACUAAGAGACUUAAACAAGUUCAAAGAUGUUUUCUUUACAUGUGAAAAAAGUGUCUUGUAAGGAACAGAUGUGAAUAUUUUAAUAUGAUAGAGUUAAUGUUUGGUUGUAAUGUCGACAUAAUGUUUUAGUUGGGUCGGCUUUGUAGGUGUCAUUGGUGACUAAAGUGGUGAGUUUGCUCUCUGCUUCUGCGCAGUCAGCAGUAUGACUUAAUCUAUUUUUAUCUUGUUUCAUAUUGUCAACCAAACAAGGCUGGCCUGAGUUACUCUCUCAAACGCUGGCAACUUGAAAACUUAAGUCAUAACACAUGAAAAUCCUCAUUCAGAAAAAUGUGUAUUGUGAGCGUUGGGAGAGAAACAGGAGACAAAUACUGACUGAUUAAUUGCAACACACUGAGAGACAUCAGAACAAUAUCCUCUUACAUUAAGAUCCACUUACACUAAAGCAAAGAUGUCAGGCACAUUAACGUCAUCAUCAAUCUGCCACAUUCACUUUCUAUCACAGAAAAACAGCGGAUGUCACCGCCCGAGAAUCAUCAACAUAAAGAUGAAAUACCUUAGGUUUUUUUCUCAGAUGCAAAUUUAGAGCUGACCAGCUGCUUUGUCGAUAUGUUUUCACUUUGACUUUAACUGUAUGCAAAAGUAACAUGGACGUGUGUUCUAUAUUUUUUUAAACCUAGCCUUGAUAAUUACAUAACCAAAGGUAAAACCCUGAAUUUAUUGUAUGUCGUGGACUUCUGGAGAUGUUGUGACAUAGAUGCACACUGAAUAGGAAAAAAAAUGUAAAUAACAGACGUUUAUACUUGUGUGUCCUAAGAUGUGUUACAGAUAGAUUAAUUUGAGAUUUUUUUUUUUUUACUUUCUUUGACUGUUACAACCAUCAACCAUAAUCAUCUGUGUUUGUUUUGUCCUCGCUGAUACAAUCACUUUCUUCAUAUUGUUUUGGAUGCUGCCUCAUCUUUAAGUUUUACCUCUCAUUCCCUCUUUUAUUUGUCAUAUGAAAUCAUACGGUUGCUAAUGUUCGUAAGCGUUGUCAUAAAAAGCCCUGGAGGGUGUUUCCUCUGUUAGACCUGCAAUGUUAUCCAUAAAUGAAAUGAUAAGAGGUGUUUUCUUUCACCUUUUAGUAGUAGUAAUAAGUUAUAUAUUCUACUUUUAUGAAGACAGUGUUUUAUUUUCCUACAUUUUCCUUUAAAAUGAUAUAAUUAACUGACUGUGUUCAAAUAAUGGCACUUAAAAGGUUGACUUUAGAGCUCUUUAUCAUAGUGUCUGUUUCCUCUAUGUCAAAAAAAUAAUAAUUGACUUUUCCUCAACAAUGUGUAUUUGUAAUUACCUCAAUAUUUGUUUCAUUAGGAAAAGUUGUUAGCUUCAUGUUCAGGUUUUCCAUUGUGUCAGAUGAACCAACAGGAUAGUCACAAUACUUGGAUGUCAGUACUGAGAAAUCCUUGUCAGAAAAGAAUAAAUAUAAACCAAUACCAGCAGUUUUACCACAAAAGGUUUAGCAAUUUUUAAAUCUGCCAAGUGUUUAAUACUACUACUACAAGUAAUGAAAAGGGCCCUCAUGACAGCAGAUGUGUAAAUUAAAAGAAGAAUUUAAAGUUGAAAAGAACAGAUUGAUAUUGUAUUUACUUUCUUGAGACAGAUAAUAAUAUCAAAACCACUUUGCUGCCUCUUAGCUUCCCUUCAUGCUUAUAAUUUUUGUUUAAGUUUAUUGACUUAAAGGUUUGGCCAGGACAGUAUAUUUUUGCCAAGUUGUUGCUGUUGCACUGGAUCACUUUUUCUUUUCUUUUCUUUAAUAUUCAACAAACUUUUUACAACAUUAUAAAUAACAGAUCUGUUGAGUAGCUGGUAGACAGUUUUACUAUUUGAAAGAUCCAGGCUGGCAGUUUCCACUGUUUCCAGCCUCCAGCUACUUUCUCUAUCUACAUUUUAUACAGACAUGAGGGAGGUAUUGAUCUUUUCACCUGACCCCCAGUAAGAAAAGAAAUACUCCCAUGUCCCAAAGUCCACACAAUUGCUCCGAUAUCUGAAACAAAAAACAUACAGCCUGUAUGAAAGAAAUACAUUCUGAGAGGUGAUUUAAAAUGAGAUGUUACCAGAUUAUUGCUUCUGGAGUUUCAAUUUGCAAAAGUGUAGGAGGGAUGUAGCAGCGAGGCGGCUUACACAACUAUCAAUAACCAAUAGUGGCCAGAAGCUGCAGUGCAAUGAUUUUGAUGACGUUGUGAGAGACAAAUCUAUCUAGUGAGGUUAUACAGUGAGGUAUUAACACAGAGCAGCACAAAAGAAGCACAGACAUAGAGUGUAAUAUGUCCACAGGUUAGUGCAGAGAACAACAUCAGCCUGAGAACAACGCACCAAAUCAGGCAGAAAACAAAACAAGCACAAAGUGAGAACUGAAUGAAAUCUGUGUAACUGGACACUUUAAACCUCAAUCUAGUCGUUAAAAUAAUUUGUUUAGAGGGUGCAAUUGUGUGGAGAUCACUCAUAAACCAGACAAGGGCAGUGCACUGUACUCUACUGUACUAUAUGAAGACAGGAAGAAGAUAUUUAAGGGGAUUGAAUGUAACAGGAGGAAGACUAAUUUAUCUCCGUGUGAGUUGAAUGAGACUCGUGCAGAAAAUGAAAAUGUCAUAAUCCAGAGUGAGGAGGGCAUUUAUCAUGGUUCUAUCAUGGUGAUAUCAGGAUGAGUGGGCACAACAAAUAUCAUGAAGGCCAAACAACAAAUGAAAAUGUCUGGAACUUAGUAUGUUCCUGUGGGUGUUAGCAUUACCUCCAGUGAUAGGCGACAUCCAUACUACUCCAUUUAAAAAAAAACAACUACAAAGAACUAAAUCAAAGAAACACUGCUGGCUUAAUUUUCGUGUACUUUCAGUUCCAGUCUCACCUCGUUGUCAGUCUACGAACAAAAUCCUUGUUCUACUAUUUGCUGUUGUGGUUUCUUGUUAGUAAGACUCUCUGAAACUUAGCAAACAGCUGCAGGGGAGAGACAUUGGCAUGUGCAUGCCCAUUGUACCUGAAUGGUCGCAUGAUAUACAUUUUUUUGGCAUAUUAAUGUAAACAUAGGUUGCUUCGGAAACAGAGCUAAAACGCUUGUCUGGAUGCAGAACAUUUUUUAAUUUCAAAAUGAAAACGUGUAGUAUGGAUACAGCCAUAGUGUUUGUGGUUACUCCUCACAGCAGCUGGUGAGUCAAUCUUAAAAGCUGUUACGGAGGUUAACAGUUUAACAGUCUGUGAGAGGACAGUAGCUAUCAACACACAGAACAAGGUGAGAGACCAUUUGAAUUAUUAUCACCUCUGAGCUGCGAAACUCACUGGGGAUACGUUACUAACGAUCCCAGCUGCUGGCCAGAGGCAGAGAUUUCACCCAACACCUUUUAAUCGUUUUCAAUGAUGCUGUUAAAACAAAUGUAAGAUAUAAGAUAAAUAAAUAAAUAAAUGAAUGAAAGAAGAAUUUGAGUAACUGGGAAGACAAUGCCCACUGGAGAUUGAUUUUUACUUUGUCAGUGUCCACACUUUGAGAACCUGCUUUUGUGUUCAAGCUCAGAUAAUUCUGUGGCAUAAACAACUCAGGAACCAGUGUUUGAAUUACACCCUGACAUUUGGGGGAGCCCUAUUUUCAGGUGGCACCAGUACGUAAACAUGUCACAUGGAAGUGUCAUUUUCAGAGUACUAUGUAAACAUCAUCACACGUCAUCAUGUCAUUUCUCCACUGUCCUGCACGGGUGGCAACAACAGGAAAAGCAUUAGGUGUAGACGAAUCUGGCAAAGUACCGGAAGUAAACAAGCCGCCAUUGCUGCGGUGGCGUCUCCCUUACAGUAUAUGUGCAAAUGGGAGCUGUCACAAGAAGUGUACAUUUCUACUUUUACCUGUACUUUUUAUGCAGCAUUCAUUUGAAAAAGAUGUCGAGGAAGUCGGGAAGAACCUGCGCAAUUCUCGGCUGCUCCAACAGCAGUGGGAACUUAGUUCCCAACAGCAACAGCAUGAUAACUUUUGGUUAACACUCACAAUGAACAGCAUGCGGCUGCCUAGGUUAACACAGUGAAAGCUAAGCUAAGCUAACUUCGCUUAGCUAGCUCACGGUAGACGCCUCUAUCAAGGCUGCCGUGGUCGCGCAGAGUAAAUGAACUCAAUGUGGUGUUAAAUUGUGAAAUAUGACGUAACUUGCUCUAACUGGGGCAACCUAAUAACCACAACGUAAACAUCAAGUGGCUGAGUUAAUCAGUGGUGGAGGUAAAUAAUUACAACUACUCACAUAGCUGUAAUUCAUUGUGGAAUACUCAUACUUUUGGGAGUUUUUCUGGCACAAACGGCUCGCCGGAUUCGUCUAUAUUAGUGAAGACAAUGACAAAUAUUCGGCAAAGCGAUUUGUAAUAAGCGAAUAAACACAUAUUGAUAUAUUUCACUCGUAUAAGUAGGAUUUCAGGGGAGCUUGUGUUCUUGUGUCCCCCGUAAUUUGAACCACGUCAGGAACUCAUUUAAUAUUCUGUGCUUCCCACAGAGCAACACAGGCAAGAUUAACUUUAAGUUGAAUGCCUCCAUUAAUCACUUACAAAUGAUUUUCUCCUCUUAAAAAAAGCCACAUUUAAGACCAUUGAAGACAACAGCCAGAUUUGACUGACACACAAUCAGACCAUGUGCUUCUCACAUUUUAUUUUAACUUUCAGAACAUAAAAUAAAAGAUAGGUGCUGAGAUGGUUCAGGAUAUUUCUUUUUUAUUUGUACAUUUAGGCAAAGCACAAACCAUCCGAUAUUUUAGUGUCAUUGUGAAAAGAAAUCGAAAAAAUACCAUUGGAUAUUGAUUAAAACAUAAACAUCUAACAGUUUCAUUUAACUCUUUUCACAGUGAUAUAUUGUGACUAAGAACUUCAGCCGGGGAAAUGGUUUUAUUAUCGACCUGGCUGUGAUAAACUGCGAUGUGUUUUUGCUUUUAUUGAACACCUGGACGCUGCCAAUUUUAAUUUUACUACUGAGCGAGAAGGAGGAGCCAAAAAUAACCAGAAAACAGCCUGAGGCCACUGAUGAUAGUAUAGCCAAACUUUGACGUUUGUCAGUGAGUGAUCAGAAUUGAUGUGAUGUUAAAAAUCAUUAAUGUACUGUUUAUUAAAUUAUUUAAAAAAGGGACAAACAAUUAUCAAGUAUCACUUCACAUUACAGCACAGUUAUGGUAAUACCACCUUACGUCUAAUGCAUUGUUCAGCUUUGUCAUAUCAGUGUAAUAGUGUAAAAACAGUAUAAUAAUUUUUCAUUCAUUACAUUUUAACUCCAAAAUAAUUUCCAGUUAAUACCCUGGUAAUCAGAAUUGAUAUUUGAUGUAUUACAAAGUUGAAAUUAAAUGUAAUUUUCCACUGUUUUAGCAAUUAUUUGGUGAUUACUAUACAAAUAAUACAGAAUUGUUAUAAUAUUAAGUCCUAAUAAUAUGUAUUACUAAACUAUUACCAUGUACACUGUAAUGUAAAGUGUUGCCAAACAAAAAACAUGACUAAAAACAACCUGACUAAGCCCAGUGUGUGCACUCAGGCUCAGUUUGAAGUCACAUAUACAGACAAAUGUAUUGCAGCGUGUUUACUGUAACAUCCACAGAGUUAGAAAACACCAGGGAGAGUUUUAUGUCUUAGUCUCCUUAUAAACAAGGUGGAGAUGAGGAGCGCUGCAAAACUGUUGUUUCGUAUCUGCAUUGGAUUUCAAGUCGUUUAGCACCAUCUGUGUCCUGCAAAACAGUAUUAAUGCUCAGCAUUGGAAAUCCAGUCAUCACAAUGUUUGUCUGGUCACAUCUGUAAUGAGGAAACGUUUCCAUUAUAUGUGACAAAUACAUUAAAUAUUCAAUACUAAUACACUAAUUAAUAAUAAAAAAGAGAGUGAACACUUAAUCAUCACAGUAUUUGAUAGCCUGUGUGAUUUUAAAUCCAGCCCUUAAUUGGUUUAAUUGGUUAGUGAAUGUAAUAUUAUUUUGUUGGCUAUCAGUAAUUAGGGAUGGAACAAUACCACUUUUCCAUGUCCGAUAGUGUACCGAUAUCAGUCCAAUAAUGUUAUUUUAGACUUUUUCAACUAAGUUAAAAACGCGUUUGUGCAGCCAUUUUAAGCUGUUUCAAGAAAAACAACUAUCCAACUGUGUAACAUGCAUUAAAGAAGAGAAAUAA